AUGGAUCCUAGAACCUUGUGUUACGUGCUUUCCACGUUAACCCUAGCGAGCUGCGCCCGCGAUUACUACGAGGACAGAUUAAAGACAUUGGUACACACACUGUCAAAGCAACGAAGCAAAUAUGGACUCAACUUUAAUCACAUCGACAAUAAAAUCCCAAGAAACAGCGACCAAGAAUCGAUCUCAGAGUACAAUUACAUUGUACAGGAGGAAAACAUACCAGCUGAUAAUAACAAUGAAGUAAAUAUUCCUCUACAAGCAGAUAAUAUUUUGAUUGGAGUGCAAAAACAGGGCAAGACUCCUUUCGAAGCUUUUUCCCAAAACAAUGGAUUAUUGCCUAAAAAAGACCUCAGAAUCUGUCCCAAAAAAUGUAAAGGGUACGAAUGUCGAAAAGUACCAGGUAAAUUUAGCACUCCGAAGGACGAAGAGAAAAAGAAAAAACGAAAAGAAAGAAAGAAAAAGUUUACUGACACAAACCAAGAGGGAAAUAAAUGUAAAGGAGUUUUCUACGGUCCCAAGAAAUUCACGAGGACAGAAAAACAAAAUGUGCACAAUGAUAUCGACGAAGUGAUUAAGUUGUUAAUUAGGGUUGACAGUAAGAUUUCUGAAUAUGAGAAAUUUAUUGAUCCUAAUGACAUAAUUUAG